CGUACGCAUUUCGCGACUCGUUGAUCGUUCCCAGUUUGAAUUUGGCGCGAAGGCUAGCGGUCGAGCCGCGCGCGCGCUACUGCCCAGAGUGCCCAGCGACCCAACAUACGAAAAAAAAAACAAAAAGUUCCGUUCUCGGUUCGCGGCCGGCUGGGCUUGUCCGUGUUUAUUUUGUAUUUAUUUUCUUUAGGACUGGUUUAAGUUAAGUGCAGAAACUAAAGUUUUAUGUGUAAAUAUAGGACAAAAUUAAGUGUAAAAUUAGUUAAAUUGAAGAAAUUAAAACAGUGGCUUCGGAUUCCUAUGGAGCGCCAACGCCUACGCCGACGAUGAUUGUAUGAACGUAGUACUACGUACUACUGCGAAACAUUCAGAAUGGAUGGAGAAAGGAAAGUUAACUUAGGCGAGGGAGUCCCGUUGAAUUCUUCUGGUGCUGCGAACAUAUUUCUGAAUACUGGUAGAUCUAAAGUGAACCCGGACGGGACUGUCAUACAUUUGAACACAGAGAAACCAGCGGAUGUCGGCGUUCACAUCAAUACGACGUUCUCGAUAGCGUCUUCCAAGAAAAUUAAGGUUCUCUUUGUGUUGAACUUCCUGCUGAGCGUGAUCUGUAUGGUGAUCAGCUGCUCCAUAGCCUUCUACUACUGGAAUGAGAUGAUAUCCAUGAGGAGACAACUGGAUAACAUGAAAGACCAGUUCCUGUUAAACCAUAGCCAAGACAGGAUUGAAUCUAGUCCACUGGUGGCAGAAAAACGCCACAUGUUCAAAGGUAUAGACGUCAGAGAACCCAGAAUGGACUCGGGAGCUAAGGCUGAUAUCUCACCGAAUGCCAGACGGUACUAUGUGGAAGAUCUCGGGGAAGAUAUGGUAUUAGUAGACUCGAGAAAAAAGAAUCCCAGUACGGACAAGGCUCCGGUGUAUGAUUUAUCUGUUUUCCAAAAAGACCCACUCAUUGCACACUUCAAUGGAGCAGUAAAGGAAAUAAAUAUAGGAGGAAACAUGAUUCUCGGCCCGUGGGUGCGCGAUAAGGAGGUGUCGUCGAAGAACAGCGAGGCCAAGAUCGAGCUGAACAACAACUUCGUUACCAUCCAGGAGAGCGGCCUCUACUUGGUCUAUGCUCAAGUGGUGUACCUAACGCAUGCACCAAACUGCUUCUUCAUCUGGGCGCGCCAGCCGUCUCAGGACCCUCGUCUACUGACCACCUGCGCUACCGGGGACGACUCCAGCUCGCGCCCACUAGACAAAUCCCAGAUAUCCUGCUCAGUACAAACUGUCACCCGAUUGUACAAAGGAGACACCGUCAACAUCGCCCAGAGAGAACCAAACAGGACCCUCUGGCUUCGGCCGGGUUAUACCUACUUCGGCUUCGUCAAACUUAGUUCCUAAUAGGCUGUGAUAGUUGUAGGUUAGUUUUAUUGCGACCCCGCGUACGGACUGUGAAACCAACAAACUGCUCAAGGACUAUGUAUCUUAAGAAGAGGUGAUAAGUGCGCGGGGGAUGAGAGACGGUGUCACUGCCAACUGCCAAGUCAAUGCAAAGACAAAGAAGACUAUUACCCGUAUUCUAAGAUGUGCACUCGACUCGUCCUCCACUUGAAUCGGACUUAGCUGCGCAUUUUGGUAUUUCAAGUUGACAUUUAUGUCCUUGACUUAAGGUCUUUGAAUCGAGCAUACCAUACUGCCAACAAAAUAAUAGUUGAGGCCCCGUCUAAGAAUACCGAUUUUAAGCUGAGUUCAAGGAGACCUCAAGGUCGCCUCAUUUGAAGACGGAGUAGGGGAUGGAUCUUAGAAUACGGGUGUAUGCCCUUAUUAUACUCUCAGUUGAGGCACUGAAGCAUAAGGGUUAGUACACAUAAUUUGAUAUUACGAUAAUGUAUAUAAACAAAACGAGGUGACUGAGUGCCAUAAUGUACAUAAAGUAAUUGCAUACGCUACGAAUGCAUCACAUUUGUGAAUAAUCACGAUAUGCUUCCACACCUGUUGAUUCAUUUGUUAAGCAAACGUUUUAUUGUCGUUAAAGAGCCAAGGAAAAACUUUAAACACAUUUUGUUUAUAAAUAAUGGUAAAGUUAGUUUUUAAAAGUAAAUUGAUCUCGGUAUCGAUCGAAGCAUCCCACGGUUUUGUACCAAAAUUUCGCGUUAAGUUUGUCAAAAUUUAUUGAUAUUUUGUUUGUAUGUGCGAAGGUUCACUGUUAAUUUUGCAAUAUAGGUAAUUUUUACUUUAGCGUGUGAAGAACAAUAAUUAGCGUAGUCAAGUUUACUUACUUAUAAUUUGCUCAAACGCCUUUUUUGACUUAUUUCGUGUUAAUUAUACAUUUUACAUUUGUCUAAUAUAUUAGACAUGUCUAUACUACUUAAAUUUUAAGUACUCUUUUUAAAAUAGCAAUUAUUUUACAAGAUUUUUACCAUUAGGUAAUGUGCAAGUCAAUAGUGAAUUGAAAGGUUAAAAUUAGAUGUAAGGAUUCUAUUGUGGUGCUGAUUUAUUAAUUAUUGUUCGGUUAAAAAAGUUGUUACACGACGACGAAACAAAAAGGAGAGUUAUUAUUAUAGUCUUACCUGCAUUGCUUAGAUUGAUUUUAUGAGAAUACAUAAAAGGCAUUCGCCAUUUUCUACUUUUCGUUGUAACUUUUUUAGCCGUGUGUAUGUGAAUAUCUAUAGGAGACAAUAUUCAUUUCAGUGAACACUUAUGGAUUUUGUUCAAUAGGUAGUUACAUGAACAAUUUCUCCAUCAUCUUCAUAAUAUUUACUCGGGUUUUUAUGACUAGCGAAGCGUGCACUACAUUGUACAUAUAUAUUAUUUACGAAAGUGUUUAGAAACCCGAAAACUUAGUAGUAUAAUUUAUAAAUCCUUAAGUGAUUGACAAUGCCUUAUGCAUUCCUAUAGAAAUGCGCAUAUUUGUCUCAUUAUCUCAUAUCAUAUCCAUGUGAUAUCGCCAUAUAAUUUAGAGAUUACUAAAUGAUAAUUCUAGACAUAGAGAACCCAGUAAUGUACAGAUUCUGCAUUUCUACUUGUAAGAGAUUGUGGUGUAAUAUUGAAAGUUUUUUGUAAUAAUUUAAGUAAGGAUGUUCCCAUACAUCUAGUACCAGUUACUUAUUGGUCCAAGAGACCCUACUACUGUAAGUUGAUUGUAAAUAUAUGCAAACUAUUGUAAAAACGUAAUAAUUUUGUAGACAAUUUCCCCGUCCGUUAAUAAAUGGCCUAUUACAAAGUA